AUGUUGUGGCCCUUCAGGCGUGGAAUUUCUGGAGGGAUUUUCCAACAAGGAGCCCUGACAAAGCCAAUGUUUAUCAACUCACUGCUUGGACAUCCUGUAUUUCAGAACUUACACAUAAAAGUUGGAGACAAAGCUGAACUUAGCAAAGCUUUUACACAGAAUGAUGUAGUUACUUUUUCUUAUUUAACAGGUGACACAAAUCCUUUACAUUUAAAUGAAGAGUUUGCAAAGAAAUCUAGGUUUGGAAGAACUGUUGUCCAUGGAGUUCUGAUCAAUGGACUUAUUUCUGCAGUUCUGGGUACCAAAAUGCCUGGUCAAGGAUGUAUAUUUCUGUCCCAGGAGAUUCGUUUUCCAGCUCCUUUGUAUGUUGGUGAAGAAGUCACAGCUGCAGCAGAAGUGAAACGACUGAAGGGUUCUGUUGCACACAUUUCUGUAUCAUGUCAGGUCAGAGAAAGUGGGAAAACUGUUAUGGAAGGGAUGGUGAAAGUCAUGGUGCCAGAAGGUUAGAGCUGUUCAUCAUGUGCAUCUUCAGCAUAAAGGCCAGAACCAAUGCACACUUGGUUUUGAGUCUCUUUUGAGUCUCUGAUGUAACAUCACUAAAACCAGUAACUUUGCAAUAAAAGCCUUUCAGAAUGUC